AUGGUGAUCGAUAGGCAAAUAUCCGUUGUUGACAUUGGCACCCCAAAAUGGGUUAAUGAAGAACUUUUCGAAAAACUGUUAUUAAAAGAAAUUGUGGAUUUUCAAAAAAUACUGAAAUUCUCACCAAAACUCGUUGACAAUUGCAAAGAUAACUAUUUGAGUGUUAAAAUUGAAUACGAAGCAAAAGAUGGCAAAAGACGUAUUAUGGGUUUCAUUUUAAAAACCGCUACAUUAAGUGGUGGUGAGAAGCUAUUACCGUAUUUAAACAAUACAUCUUUGGCUCUUGAAAACCAAGUAAAUUUUGAAAUUUUACCCAAGCUAAGGAAAAUAUAUGAAGAGGAAAAUAAAUCCAUCAACUUUUCUCCAAUUGCUUAUAAAUUUCCUCAAACUGUACCGGAAGAAUAUAUCCUUUUUGAGGAUUUACAAUAUAAAGGUUACAGAUGUUUUGGACAAUCGGGUGGUCUUGGCAGCAAACAAAUAGAAAUUAUUUUGUCAAAUUUGGCAGCAUUCCAUGCUGCAAGCGUAGCUUCAAACAAAUUUGAAAUGAUUUCCGAGAAAUCCUCAAGGAAAAUGCCAUCCAUUUCCGACAGGAUUUUUAAGGAGCAUUUGCAUAUUUAUAAUUUGCUAAAAUAUGAAGAUACAAUUAAAUCUUUACAAACUAAAUUUUUGGAGCCGCAAUUUUAUUUCAAUCCUCAGGAAUUUCAGGUUCUUUCAUUGGGCAAUUGCACCCUGGAUAAUAUGUUGUUUCAUAUGGAUGCAUUUGGCAAUAUUAAAGAUUGUGUUUUCCUCAAUAUGGGUUAUUGUUCGUAUGAAAGCCCCGCCAAGGAUUUGUGGUAUAUUUUGCUGUCAUCAAUCAAUACGGAUGAGCUAAUAACCAAAUUAGAAUAUUAUGUCAAAUUCUAUUAUGAUCAAUUGACAAGCUUUUUGAAGCAGCUGAAAUUAAAGGGAACUUUGCUGAAGUUGUCGGAUUUGCAUUACGAAAUGAUGAAAAAUAAUAAAUGGGCCUUUGAAGCGGUGACGCAAGUAUUGCCUCUUACACUUUGGGAUCCCAGCAAAGAUAGCCAUAUAGUAGCAAGUUCCGACGAUCUACGUGAAUCUAAAGAUAAACUAUUGAAAGCUAUGUACGGCCAACAGAAUUAUUGUCAACAAAUUCAGAAAUUGCUGCCAUGGAUGGAGAAUAAAGCGCUACUAGAAGUGUGA